AUGUCUUCUAGUGAGGAUAGUAGCGAUAGUCCUCCGCCGAAAAAAUCACAUGUAUCAACGACUCAUAACCUUGAAGGGGCAACUGUUGGAGAAUGUGCUUCAGUCAGGGAUCAGGUUCCAAAAGGAAAAAAGGAGACUGGAUCAAAAUUUAGAGCUUAUUAUGAUUUCGAAGUGCGUGACAGUAAACCAGUAGGCAUUUGCUUGGAAUGUAAAAAACGAAGAAUCGUAAAGAUGAUUGGACGUAAAGAUGGGAGUACGUCAGGCAUGAAAAAACAUCUAGAAACUGCACACAAACAAGCAUUCAAUACUCUCUUCCCAGCGUCAACUCCAGGAAAUGUGAAUCCAGAUCAGAGACUCAUAACUGAAAUGCAUUCAACAUCCCAGAAGUUCUUUACCAAACUCAAUCCAGAUGUCAAAAUGCCUAAACGAGACACUGCCAAAAGAAUGGUCAUACGUCAGCAUGCCAAGAGAGAGGAGAAAAUUAAAACUCUUCUCCAUCACAAUUCAUCUAAAGUCUCAUUCACAAUAGAUGUAUGGACGAGUUUUAAUGGGAGAUCUUAUUAUGGAAUUACAAUUCAUUAUGUCGGAAAUGACUGGAAAAUUCAUUCACUAGUUCUUGAUUUUGUCCCGGCCCGAGGAUCUCAUACUGGUAAAGCAAUCGCAAAGAUAUUCUUCGACACUUUGAAUGAAUUUGAUCUCCAAGGGAAAGUUCAAGGCAUCACCGUUGAUAACGCUUCUGCGAAUACGACCUUCAUGCUAGAGCUUGGAGUGUUGAUGAAUGACGCAGGUUAUUCGUUCGAUAAUAUUAAUCAGCAUUUCAGAUGUGGUGCCCACAUUCUCGCUCUGGGUGUACAAAAUACAUUGUCAUUGAUAAGAGUACAAGCUACGAAAGACGACGGGGACUCUCCAGUUGAGCAAAAUUCGAUUGACAACUCAGAUUCUGAUAAUCCUUCCGACUCAUCCAAUGAGUCUUCAGAUGAAGAAUCCGAGGAUGAGGUUUUCUCUGAAUUAAGUCCUGGUACAGCUGUUAUCAAAUUGAGAAAUACUUUCAAAAAAAUAAAAAAAACAGAGAAAAUUCAGAAUAUGCUGAGAAGUUUUUGCAAUGCUGCUGGGAUUAAGUAUCUGAAACCUCCUUUGGAUAAAAUUCAGAAUAUGCUGAGAAGUUUUUGCAAUGCUGCUGGGGUUAAGUAUCUGAAACCUCCUUUGGAUGUGAGCACGAGGUGGGGAAGCACGGACUAUAUGAUCAAUGCAGCAUUGAGGAUGAAGAAAGGCUUAAAUUUGUUGUGGUCUGAGUGUGAAGAAGUCGCGAGUUUGAAGAUGAGUGAAGACGAGUGGAUCUUAUUGACACGGAUUCAUGACUUUCUCAAAGACUUUGAUCAUCUUUCGAAGACUUUGGGAGCAGAAAAAUAUGUUACAUUACCUCUCGUCGUUGUUGCUUUCAAUAUGUUGUUGGAUCGAAUUAAAUCCACAACAUCGAGUCUUGAUUUGAAAGAGGAAAGGACGAAGGUUGAUGAAAUCCUCAUCGAAGCGUUCCAAGCAGCGAGAGACAAAAUAAUAAAACAUUACAACAAAACUAAUUGGGUAUAUUGUGCUGCCCUGAUUCUGGAUCCUAGACAUAAAGUUUCUACAUUUGAACAAACUCAAUGGGGUAGAGAGAUGAAGGAGGAAUCUCUGGCAUUUUUCGAACGAAUGUACAAAGAGAAUUAUACCAAACCUGAAAAACAAACUGUAGAAGAGGAAAAUACAGAAAAGGAGACAAAGAAGAACAGCAGUAAGGAGAAUGAUGAUCACUUGAAGCCUGGGGGAAUUGAUUUGAACUCAAUUUUCACUGAUUCAUGUAAAACGAAACAUUGGAGAGAUGAACUCGAGGAGUAUCUUAAUCUAUCAAGAGCUGACAAACACCAAGAUUUACUUGAGUGGUGGAGAGCAAGAGAAAGUACAUUCCCUACUCUUGCAAAGAUGGCCAGAGAUUUAUUUUCUAUUCCAGCAACAUCAGUGCCUGCUGAGAGACUAUUUUCCCUUGCUGGUCUGAUCAUCACCAAUCUCAGAAAUUCCAUGAGUGACAAAUCGGCUCGAGCCUUACUGUGUUUGCAUUCUUGGGCAUCUUGCGAGUUCAAAGAGUUCAUAAAUGCCCCAUAA